UAGUGACAUUAUCGAUAGUGAAAAUGGCGUAGCUAAAUAGUUCCAACCUAAAAAUAAAGCAUGUAGAAAGCAUAUUGAAUAGUUGCAAAUUGAAAUGAUAUCAAAUGCCGGUUGUUCUCCAAUUUCUCUCUGUAUAUAGAGUUUAAAGGCAUUAUAGAGAUCAAAGGCAUUGUGCAGAAAAUAUAAAAAAGUUUUAAAUAAAUAGUUGAUGUCACGAGCCAAAGUUUGAACGUGAAAUAGGAAUGUUGACUUCGUCAAUAGUAUGUAAUGAUGUAAUCGCUAAAUAUAAUGGCGACUAAAUGAGUCUUAACAUUAUGUGCAACUAAACAAUAAUCUUAGCGAUUUUUAACGUCCUUAGUCUUCCAUCUAGGCUACGUUCUUCGCUAUUGCUCAUUGCAUAAUUUAAUUGUUGCUCAUUUACGGCGUAUUUAAUGUAUUACAAGUGUGCUGAAUAUGUCAGAACACGUGGAAUUGCAACAUUUAGUUGAUGCUGAUGUGGAAAAUAAUACAACAAAUAAUAAAAAAGUAUUUCCUAUUCUAUUAUGCAAAUCAUGCCCUUAUUUGGGUUUACUAUUAGCAACACUCUCGUCUUUGUUCUUUUCAUUAUGCAGUGUAAUUGUCAAGAGUUUAGUAGAAGUAAAUCCUACAGAAAUGGCAAUAUUUAGAUUUGUAGGGGUAUUAUUGCCAGCUAUACCAAUUGUAAUUUACAAAGGUGAACAUCCUUUCCCAAAAGGACGUAGAUUAAUACUUAUUUUAAGAAGUUUUAUUGGUACAACAGGGCUCAUGUUAAGUUUUUAUGCAUUCAGGCAUAUGCCAUUGGCAGAUGCCUCUGUUGUAGUGUUUUCUGUUCCUGUGUUUGUAGCAAUAUUCGCACGAAUAUUUUUGAAAGAACCUUGCGGGCUAUUCAAUGUUGUCACUGUGUGUCUGACACUGAUCGGUGUGAUAUUAAUAACACGACCACCAUUAAUUUUUGGUCAUACUAUAGAAUCUCUCUCAGAUAGUCACAUUAAACCAGGGCAUGCUGAUUUAUGGGGUGCUGUGGCUGCUUUCUCAGCUACUUUAUUUGGUGCAAACGCAUAUGUCUUAUUACGAGCAUUGAAAGGUCUUCAUUUCUCUGUUAUAAUGACAAAUUUCGGUUCUUUUGCUCUAAUACAAACUACACUUAUAUCAUGGGCUAUUGGUACAUUAUGUUUACCACGCUGUGGUACAGAUAGAAUUUUGGUUGUUGCGCUUGCACUAUUUAGUUUUGCAGGUCAAAUCUUACUGACCCUAGCUCUCCAGAUUGAGCAAGCUGGUCCAGUAGCCAUAGCAAGAUCCACAGACAUUGUCUUUGCUUUUUUCUGGCAAGUGUUGUUCUUUAAUGAAAUACCAAAUCGAUAUUCUGUCGGAGGUGCAAUAUUGGUCACAAGUUCAGUUUUGUUAACAGGGUUGAGAAAAUGGGCUCUUUCAUUACCAGAAACAUCUAGUAUCAAAAAAUCUCUUGGAAUUUUAGUGAUGUAAACAAUAAUCUUAUUAUUGAGAGAAAUGAAGUGAAAAGGGACUAAUUAAGAUAGAACAUGUAUUAUGAAAAAAAAAAUAUUGAAGAAGCAUUUAGCCAAGUGAAAAACAAAUAUUCUAAUAAAUAAAUAUAACUUAAAUAUCUAUUUUUAAAUUUAUGCAAAGUUAUAUGUAUAAGGAAAGAUUCAAGUUUAUAUUAUUACAAACAUUGAUCUGAUAUGAUUAUAAGACAGUAAUAUUAUUAAUUAUUGCUUUUUGAUAUGAUUACAAAGCCAUAAUAUUAUCAAUUAUCGCAUUUACAUGUUUUUAAAUUUAAUGUUUUAUCUAAAAUGUAUGAUAAAUCCAAGAAAAAGUUAUAUCACAUUUAACUAAACAAUUAUUGCUAACAGAAACUAUUGCAUAAUAUAAUGAUAUUAGCUAAAUAUCUAGAUUAUAAUGUAAUUCCUACAUAAUUCACAGACGCACACGUAUAUAUAUAUAUACACACACACACACAUAUAUACACAUAUAUAUUUAUUUAUUUAUAUUUAUAUAUAUAUAUUUAUUUAUUUAUUUAUAUAUAUAUAUUUAUUUAUUUAUUUAUUUAUAUAAAAAUUAUAUUUAUAUAAUAAUCUCUAAUAUUUGAAAAAAAGUAUGUGCAUAAGGACAACAAAUUCUAUUCAAUGUAAAUUAUAUUUCUAUUGAAAAGAAGAUUUUAUUUUUAAUUUGCUUAUUACAAAUUUCAAGUUUCUAUUUAGAAAAAAAUUCAUUAAAUUACUUUGUAGAACUUUAUAUUUGAAAAAUUACUCUUUCAUUUAUGUUUAUAAUUAUUAUUGCAUUUACGUUUAUUUCAUUUAUAUUAUUUACACACUUUUUUAUUAAACUAUAUAAUUGUGAUAUAUAUUACUAAUCUUCAUUAAACUAUUAAACCUUAGAGAAAUUAUUCUAUUUCUUGAGAAAUAGAAUAAUUGAAAAUUCUCCUUUGUUAUAACAAGUUAAAUUAUUUAUUCAAUGCAAAUGUAUUUUUUAAUCUAUUAAAAAUUACUGUGGCAAAAAAUCUGUGGCAAACGAAAAUAUCUAUUUCAAGUUAUUGACAAAGUAAAAAUAUAAUCAUGGCAAACUACUCCUUGUUAUAUUUAUGUAUUUAUUUAUUCUAAUUAUAAUCAUAUCAAUCAUUAACUUUGAAAUAACAAAGUUAUAAAUUAAUAGCGAAAAGUGAUUAUUUAACUUAAAAACAUUUACUUGCUCUUAUUGUAAAUACUUUAAUUUUUGUUGUAUAUAUAAAGUAUAUAGAGUAGACUCCUAAUUGAUCAGUUCUUGCGCGACUAAACCCUAAGACGGAUAAACAAAUAGUCGAUUAAUUCGAAAACGCACAUAUGUUUCCCAUCAUCAAUACAUUUCAAAGCUAUUAUUUUGUAAUAAUAAUUAUAUUCACAUUUGUUUGGACUUGUUUUAAAAUUAAUGUAUAAUUAAAAAAAGGACAAAAACUGAUGUUGAAUUAGAUACACACAUGCAGAGUGUAACAACUUAAACAACCCAGGUAGAAAUGCGUGAUGAUCACGUUUCAUCAUAAUAUGAUGUUAUAUUGUUAUUUCACCUUGAUACCUUUUUAAAGAUCAUUAUGUGAUUAACAUGAGCACAAGAUGUACAUAAAUGAUAUACGAAUAUAUCUAAUUCAUCAAGUUUUGUUAUCAUACUAUUAGAUGAGAUUAGAUAUUAGAUAUCUUUCUGAUCAUUAUCACAUGAACGACAUAUGAGCAGCAUAUGCGCACGCAUUUGUAUACAUUUUUGCAAUCAUGCACGUCAAUAUAUGAGCGUGUGCUGAGCGCAACAUGACAUCAUUUUUCUAUCUGGGAAUAUAGUUAAUAAAAACUGACUGAAGUGAGAGAAGUUAUAAGAGAUAUUACAGGCCAUUGUAUUUAUUUCUACAAUAAUUUAAUUUUGUUUUCCCGCUGUAUCCAUAACUCCGAAAAUCUAAUUCGCCAAAAAAUCACGAGAAUAUAACUUAAGUAGACACUAGUUAAAACAUGUCCAAACAAGAGGAAAUUACUGUAUAAAACAUUCAUUAUAUACUGUAUAUACAUAUGAUAUGAUGGAAAAAUAAACAUUGUAAAUUAUAUUGUAUUUACAGAGACAUUUAUAAAUAAAGACACAUGUAAAAUUGUA